AAUCACUGGUAUUACGGCUACCUCAUGUUUUGAAUCAGCUUGGUUUGUAUCUUGAGUGAAUUUGGCUAGAUUUGAGAUGGAAUUUGGAAGCUGCGAGAUACGAGGGAAAUGCAGGGGCCUAUGCGCAAAAAGCUCAGAGGAUUCUUCCCCGACAUUCGCACGACGCCGCGGGCAUGAGGAGACGCUCACGCUGACGCUGCUGCCUGGAAUCACGUCUUGCGCACGCCCACGCCCACGCCCACGCGGACGCAGCGGGUGGUGGGUUAUUCGGUGCCCUCCGCCGCCGGCUACCUCCCCUCCUCCGCUCCUCCCCAUCUUCACAAAUACCAUCCCAACCAGUGAUCCAGAUCGAGCCAACCACCACCCCCAAUCGGAUCCCUCACCCGAUUGGCCCGGCCAGAUCGCCGCCGAUCCGACCCCGCGCAACCCUCUCCCGCGGCCGCGAGCGAGCAGAACCGAAUCCAAUAUGGCUGCCUUGCCAUUAGCCACAGCCGAAUUAUGUGAUGCAAAUGCACAUUUGAUCAUGAAUGGCGAGCUUCGUGCUCUCCAGCCCGUCUUCCAAGUCUACGGAAGGCGGCAGGUUUUCGCCGGCCCUAUCGUGACGCUGAAGGUCUACGAGGACAAUGUUCUUGUUCGCGAGUUCCUGGAGGAGAAGGGCCAAGGCAGGGUUCUCGUGGUCGAUGGUGGUGGGAGCCUGCGGUGCGCCAUUUUGGGUGGCAACCCUGUGCAGCAGGCGCAGAACAAUGGGUGGGCUGGCAUCGUCGUCAAUGGUUGCAUCAGGGACGUGGAUGAGAUCAAUGGCUGCGACAUUGGUGUCCGAGCUCUGAACUCGCACCCUAUGAAAGCAAACAAGAAGGGCAUCGGGGAGAAGCAUGUGCCUGUGACCAUUGCAGGGACCAGGAUUUGCGACGGGGAGUGGCUCUACGCCGAUACUGAUGGUAUUCUCAUCUCAAGGACUGAAUUGACUGUGUGAAUCUCUCUGUGUGUGUGUGUCUGUACGAGAAUUCGGCGCAUAAAUGGAGUGCUGCUUCUGCCCCUCCUGGUGUAUUGUCAAAAACUGUAAUAACGUACUGUUAAAUUAAAUGAUCACUUGGAAUAAUUGAUGCUCUCUAUUUUUUUUGUAGAAA